UGAUCACCCGUCGACAUGAGGUGUACCGCGCUCAGUCUCGUGGCCCUGGUGGCCUCCGCCGCCGCCUACCAGAUCCCGCCGCCUUCGGGACUCUACGAGACGCCGACGACCGACUUCGGUUCGGCGCCCACACAGCUGAAUGAGGUGUCUCAGGCACCGAUCGGAUCCAACGUCGGCGACGACGGCUUCUCUCAGGUGUCAGACAGUACCACCAGCUUCUCCCAGCAGUCGAACGGCGCUGGCUGCUGCGGCAAUGUCGUGCCGUCUGGCCCCCUGCCGGUCGCCAGUGGCCCAGUCCACGGUGGCGUCCAGCCUGUUCUACCCGGCGGCAGUCACAGUUCUUCAGUCAUCUCCCAGUCCACCCAGUCAGCUCCGUCUCCUUCCGGCCUGCCUAGCCAGUCCGUGUCCACUCAAACUGUGUCCGGUCCGUCCUCAUCCGGAGUCGUCUCACUGUCCUCCGACGAGCAGUCCCAGUCGAGCUACUACGAGAGCACCUCAUCCGUCAGCCAGCCGGCGACGGGCAUCCAGAGGCCGGCCGUGGCGCAGUCUGUGAACGGACCUCUCCUGCAGCGGCCCAGCAACAUGUUCCUGGAUAACCCCGGGCAGUUCCAGAGCAACAGCUUCUCACAGUCUUCACAGACGGUGGGACAGACGACAGUGGGACAGGCGCCGGUGGGACAGGCGCCGAUCAACUCCGACUACAGCUCAAACGUGUUCCUGAACGGUGGACAGGACGGAGCUGGUGCCUCCCACUUCUCCAGCUCCAGCAGCGAGUACUACCAGCAGGGCAGCAGCGACAGUAGCUCGCAGACGAGCUUCCAGCAGAGCACCGGCUCCGGCUCUGGUCCCAGCGGUCAACUGACUGGCUUUGGAUCCAACCCCACUGGUCAGCAGUCUACUUUUGUAUCCAGUCAGACCCAGAAGCAGCCUGGAUUCGGUCCUUCGGGAUCGCAGUCCACCUUUGUCUCCAGCCAGACUGGCCGGCAGCCUGGACUUGCCCCGUCAGCCCAGCAGUCUACUUUCAUUUCAAGCCAAACUGGUCGGCAGCCUGGACUUGCUUCGUCAGGCCAGCAGUCUACAUUCAUCUCUCAGCAGACCCCUCAGCAGCAGCCCGGACUUGCUCCGUCAGGCCAGCAGUCUACGUUCAUCUCAAGCCAGACUGGUCGGCAGCCUGGACUUGGCCAGCAAUCUACCGUAGUUUCUCAGCAAGCCCCUCAGCAGCCUGGACUUGCCCCGUCAGGCCAGCAGUCUACCUUCGUCUCUCAGCAGACUCCCCAGCAGCCUGGAUUUGGCCAGCAAUCUACCGUCGUUUCUCAGCAGACCCCUCAGCAGCCCGGGUUCGCCCCGUCAGGUCAGCAGUCUACCUUCGUCUCUCAGCAGACGCCCCAGCAGCCCAGCUUCGGGCCCGCUCAGAGCGGUCUUCCUACCACCGUCUCACAGACCGGCUCUAACCUCGGACAGCCGUCCGUGCCUCUGGCGUCCGGCCAGCUACUGAACCGUCACCCGGGCGGCGGCGGCUCAGGUCCCCUGGGUCAUCAGACGCGUACCUGCUCCACCUCACUGGUUUGCGUCCCCAUCGCCAUGUGCAACCCGUACACGGGCUUCGUGCGCGGCGGUCUGCUGUUCGAGCCUGAGGAGCCCACGCUGCAGCCGACCGUGGCGCUCGACCGGUGCACAGAGCUGAAGGACGGGGGCACUGGCGACGGCGUGUGCUGUCAGAUGCCGCACAUCAACGACCCGUGGCCGCGCGAUCAGUGAGCGCCCGCGGGUCGCGGAGGGGUAGUGCAGCUCCUCAGGCUGUCUGAUGUCGCCGAGUCUGUGUUUGGAGUCGAGAGAGGGUCGCAGCAGCCCAGCAGGUGCUCUUGGCUCCAGGCAUUACGGCUGGUAGAAUGGUCUCAUUCUGUGCAUGUGUUGAUGCAUUUGUCUCUUAUUUAUUAGAAGAAAUACAUAUAUGAUGCUUUCAG